UUAUAAUUCAUUAAUUAAAAUGGCAGGAAAUGAAGGAAUGGAUAGUUUAAUCCCUAUUGUUAAUAAACUACAUGAUGCUUUUACAAAAUUAGGUGUAAACUUGUCCAUUGACCUACCACAGAUAGCUGUUGUUGGAGGACAAAGUGCUGGAAAAAGUAGCGUAUUGGAAAAUUUUGUUGGCAGGGACUUUUUACCACGUGGGUCUGGAAUCGUAACUCGUAGACCCCUUAUCUUGCAGUUAAUAAAUUCUCCUCAUGAAUUUGGAGAGUUUCUUCAUCUCAAAGGAAAAUCAUUUACUGAUUUUGAUGCCAUCAGAAAAGAAAUUGAAGAUGAAACAGAUAGAACCACCGGCACAAACAAAGGAAUUUCACCUCAUCCUAUCAACUUGAGAGUGCAUUCUCCUCAUGUUUUGAAUUUGACAUUGAUUGAUCUUCCGGGAAUGACUCGUGUACCCGUCGGGGAUCAACCACCUGAUAUUGAGCAUCAAAUCAGAGAUAUGUUGCUAACCUAUGUGAAAAAGGACAGCUGCUUGAUAUUGGCUGUUACUGCUGCGAAUCAAGAUAUUGCUACUUCAGACGCUCUCAAACUUGCAAAAGAAGUCGAUCCAGAAGGGUUACGUACAAUAGGUGUUAUUACAAAAUUAGAUCUAAUGGAUGAAGGUACUGAUGCUCGUGAAAUUCUUGAAAAUAAACUACUUCCUUUACGUAGAGGUUACAUUGGAGUGGUUAAUCGUAGUCAAAAAGACAUUGAAGGACGUAAAGAUAUAAAAGCUGCUAUUGCUGCGGAGAGGCGUUUCUUUUUAAGUCACCCUGGUUAUAGACACAUGGCUGACCGUAUGGGUACACCAUUUUUACAACGAGUCUUAAAUCAACAACUUACAAAUCACAUACGAGAUAAUCUACCAUCACUUAGGGAAAAACUUGAAAAACAAAAAAAUGCAUUGGAAAAAGAGGUGCAAGAAUAUAAACACUUUUCUGCUGAUGACCCAUCUGUUAAAACCAAAGCUAUGUUGAUGAUGAUUCAGCAACUUCAGACCGAUUUCGAAAGAAACAUUGAAGGUUCUGGAUCAGCAUCGAUUGAUACACAUCAGCUCACUGGUGGUGCAAAAAUAAAUCGUUUGUUUCACGAACGAUUUCCUUUUGAAAUUGUUAAGAUGGAAUUUGAUGAAAAAGAGCUUAGGAGGGAAAUCGCUUUUGCAAUCAGGAAUAUUCAUGGCAUAAGAGUUGGAUUGUUUACACCAGACAUGGCAUUUGAAGCAAUUGUAAAGAAACAAAUUUCAAAGUUGAAAGAACCAUCAUUAAAGUGUGUUGAUUUAGUUGUUGGUGAAUUAGCAAACACUGUCAGAUCAUGUUCUGCAAAAAUGAAUCGUUAUCCUAACUUACGUGAUGAAAUUGAAAGAAUCAUUACUACUCACAUUAGGGAAUGUGAACUAAAAACAAAACAGCAGCUGUCUCUUUUAGUUGAAGUAGAACUCGCUUACAUGAAUACAAAUCAUGAAGACUUCAUUGGUUUUACAAAUGCUCAAGUAAGUGCAGAAGCUAAUACUGGAAAAAGAAAAUUAGGAAACCAGGUUAUUAGAAAAGGUUGGAUGUGUAUUCACAAUCUCGGUAUUAUGAAAGGGGGAUCUCGAGAUUAUUGGUUUGUUUUAACAUCGGAACUACUUACAUGGUACAAGGAUGAUGAGGAGAAAGAAAGAAAAUAUAUGCUUCCUCUUGAAAGUUUAAAAAUUAAAGAUGUUGAAGCUGGCUUCAUGUCUCGUAGACCUCUUUUCGCUUUAUUUAAUCCUGACCAAAGGAACGUGUUCAAAGACUAUAAACAAUUAGAAUUAUCAUGUGAAAGUCAAGAAGAAGUUGACAGUUGGAAAGCUUCUUUUUUAAGAGCUGGUAUUUAUCCUGAAAGAUCUUCUAAUGUAAAUGGAGAAGCUGAAGGUAAUGACAGCACUACUUCCUUGGACCCUCAACUAGAGCGUCAAGUUGAAACAAUUAGGAACUUAGUAGAAUCUUAUAUGAAGAUAAUAACCAAGACAUUUAGGGAUCUUGUCCCAAAAUUCAUAAUGCAUUUAACAAUUAAUAAUACUAAGAGUUUUAUUUAUACAGACCUGUUAGCUAAUUUAUAUGCUGCUUGUGAUCAGGCCACUCUAAUGGAAGAGUCAGCUGAAGAAUCACGUAAAAGAGAAGACAUUAUGAGGCUAUAUCAAGCUUGUAAAGAAGCAUUAUAUAUAAUUAGUGAUGUUUCUAUGAAGACAUCAUACCAACCCUUACCACCACCUGUUAAAGAUGACUGGAUAGCUCCAGAUUCACCCGGUGCCACAAAACGUAAUACAUCAUCAAGAGCACCACCGCCUCCUCCUACGAUUUCUAGAAAUGCUCCAAUUCUUCCAAGUAGGCCAGACGUUUCUGGUCCAAAUAGACCUCCGCCAGCUGCUCCACCAAGAGUUGUACCUGGUGGCUUACCUCCCCCCUUAAUUCCUACGCGCCCAUUACCUCUCCUUCCACCACGAAUACCGGACAGACCUCAAGCUGGAAAACUCAUCUGAAGAAAAAUGAAUGUCAGAUUCAAAUUGCCACUAAGCAUUCCCAGGACCGCUUUUGGUGUCUGCUGGGGCAACACUUAAAAGUUUUGUUCACCAAGAGAGAACAACAGUUGAAGGGCUUGCUGCAAAAAGGUGGUAGCUCCAAUUUUCAAAAGGUUCAGAUGAAAGUUAAAACACCAAAUUACAUGGUGACCCCUCUUUAUUAAGAAGCGUAUAAGGGGAGUAAUUAAAAUAUGAAAAAGAAAAAAAAGAAUGUUUUAAGCUUUAAUGCAGGCCUUUUGAAAAAAUUGAAAUUGGAAUUACCCUCUUUUUUGCCGCAAGCCCAUCAAUUUGCAAAUCAAAUGGCAUAGAGAAGCAGUUGAACGAGAGAACAAAUAAAAAUAAGUACUGCUGGAUAGUGCUUUCAAAUUCGGAGUCCUUUUCGCUAGAUUUUGUACAAAUGACUUUGAUGUGCUGAGCUGUAAAUAUGGCUUAAUGCCUUGUUAUUUUUUUACACAUUUUAUUUGUUAACUUAAUGAAAAAAAAAAAGUUUUGAAAACAUUUUUUUGUUUUGUUUCAUCAAUAUAGGCUAUAAGUCAUAUGCAUCUACAUUUAUGAUUUUGUACCAU